AUGAAGAAAAGCAGAAUGAAGUCUUACAUUAUGUAUCACCAUGCGGACUUUUGGAAAAAUAAAGGGAAAGGCGAUGUUGUCACUUAUGGUGGCAGCGGUGAUGUUGGCAGGACAGACACAAGCAAAAGAACGGAUUUCCAGACAAGCGCAGGCAUGCAGACCUGGAACGACCUGCAUUCAGCUGACCAGGUGCCCUCAGCUCGUCUCCCUCCUCAACUUCCCGACGCCGCAGAACAUCCAGGUCCUGAGAAAUUCCUUCUGCGGCUUCUCAGCGAGGAACCCGUUAGUUUGCUGUCCAGGCUCAGGCCCAACGACGCCUACCGCCACGCCACCCACCCUCGUCACCCAGCCGACCUCAGGCCCAACA